GUUGGGUGGGGGAGGAGCCUUAGAAAAUGGAUGUGAUCCAGUAGUUGGCUAUGCGAACUAAAUAUUGUAGAAGUAGAAACUUUAACUUUACAUGAAUUCGCAAGUAGUCGUGUUUCUCCUUGGUUGUAGUGUCAUCUGUCUUCAAAGAUAACUUCUAUCUACAUGAAGACUUACAGUCGUGUUUCAAACUUAUUUUUAGGCCAAUAAAAGAACCACCAUGGCUGCUUGUGACGAGGAUGGGGCUGGCGCUAGCGGCGUUGUUGAGGAGCAGUUUUCUAAGGUGAUCGACAAGCACGUGGUUUGCGGUAGUCAUUUUGCAGGUGUGCUUGAGGGCGACGGGGGUUAUGUCGAUCAAGUACAACACCAACGGACUGGAAAAGGAAAAGCACAGAAGAUACGAAGUCGACCGUUACUCGAACAAAUGGAUGGUGUUGUGUUGGACUAUUGCCUGUCAUCUGCUGAAUGUCGUGCUUUGAUCGAGCGAGCCGAAGCGGUUUCAGGUGCAGGAGCAUUUUCGCCUUGGAACGAUUCGGAGAACAAGGAUAACAGUGCUUCGAGUUCGAGUUCUUCUAGUUCUAGUUCGAGUUCGAGUACUAGUCCUAGUUCUAGAAUAGAUAGCGUUGAGUCUAAAAACAGUGAUCACGACCUUGAAGAUGCUGAUCAUCCCGACGCACCAACUGCUCGUGAGCCUUGUCAACAGGACGAGACCACGAGAAGUGCCUUUCGUGUAGCCGACACUUGCGAAGUCGCUGCUGACGCUCUAGCGGACACGAUUUUCAGCAGAAUAAAACAUCUAGUGCCCCAACGCAAGAGUUUCAACGACGAAGACGCUGAGGACUACGAACCGGAUUUACAAGGCGAGUGGGUUCUAGAUACUCUGAAUCCAACGUUUCUCUUUGCGCGCUAUCGCAACGGGGGACACUUUUCGCCGCAUACAGAUGGAACCACAGUAUUCGACUUCAACAAAAGGACAUUGUACACAGCGAUUAUUUAUCUGGACGACUUUGAUGAAGAUCUACUUGCUGAAGAUGUGCUGCCUGAAGAAGCUAUAAUUACAGUGAAUCAGGAGAAGCCUGAAGAAGAUCCAACAAGUAGACCGAGCACCAUACCUUCCGAGGUUGUAGAAGCUUGUUCUACUUCUAAAAGUGCGACGAGCUGCAAGCCUGAGUAUUUCAACCUGCCUGAGAAUUCAGGGGCAACGCGAAUAUUCAGGGAUGCUCAGAUAUGGGAGAAAUUGGAAGUUGUUGAGGAGGAACUGGAGGACGGUAAGGAUAGGCAGCUCAUGAUCAAGCGUGUUGUCGGUAAUGAGGACCAUGUGGCGGGUGUAAUCGUUGAGGAGGAACUAGAGGACCUGGAGGACGAGGCUGGACAAGAACAGGAACAAGAACGAAGGCUAAGCAGGACAGAAACAGAGAGCACUUCUACGGGUAGCACUCCGUCGAAUUCUGAACACAAUCUAUAUGGUAAGGAUAUUUGUGCGACUCGUACUAGCCGUAGGAGUAGCACUGAUAACGGAAACGGUAAGGAUAAGCAAGUCAUGAUCAAGCGUGUUGUCGGUAAUGAGGACCAUGUGGCUGAUGUAAUCGUGCCCAAGAGUGGUCGGAUUUUGGUCUUCUAUCAUCGGCUGAUGCACGAGGGCUUACCAGCUCGCAAGAAGCAUAUCAUUCGCACUGACUUAGUUUUUCGAAGAGAAGUGCCACUGUUGACUUCAGCACAGGACCAGGAGGCAUUCCGCUACUAUCAAGAAGCUGAGGCGCUUGCGGAAGCGGGGAAGCAGAGAGAGGCGAUGGAAAAAUUUAGAUGGGCUUUUGGGUUGAGUCAGGAACUGAAAAGGAUAUAUCGAAUGUAAGUGUAACCAUGCUGGUUUUCUACUUUCUGGUGACAGGAUGCCUUUGCUUAAUUAUUCUGAAGAUUCAUUGUUAAAAAUAAUUACAACCCCUACAACGCUCCCACCACGACUUCCCCAGACAUUUUCCUGUACAGAAUAAGAACAAAAUCAACAGAGCAACGAAAUUCGAUUACUAGGAG